CGUGUAAUCUUGAUAACCGCUGCUGUCGAGCGGCUGCUGUUGUCUUCAAUGUUGGCCAUGAAGAUGGAAUAACGAAUAACCCUGUUAGUACGGCCAUGUUUAGCUUACUGAGGAGCAACUCCUUGAAGCGAUUUUCACUUCACAGUCAUGAUAUUGAUCAGGAUGUACUAAGAGAGAUGUACAGGCUUUAUGUUAGAUAUGUGGAUGGCCCCCAAAGGUUUCAAGACUUUUGCCGUUACAUUCAGCUGUUCAAGUAUGCUUCAAUUUAUCGUGACAGAGCCAGUGGGGGUCUGAGAGGGAUGAGUUUUCUAGAUGUACAGCCUAAAUCAUUCCAUGUCGACGAUUCUGGUAAACUAUAUCAUUGCAGAGUUGUUAAGGGUGCAGCUACCUAUUUCCAAGAGGAGUAUCAUGGACAUUCCUCGGUAUAUUAUAAGUAUCGUACUGCACUCUUUAUAAAAGAGAAAUUACUUCAUCCUUUUACACCGCUUUAUAUUGGUGGCAUGUUCUUCACUUAUAAACUCUACCUCGUUUCCACAAAGCUAUUUAAAAAUUGUUAUCCACGCUAUGAUGCUGAGACUCCUGAUCUCUAUAAGAACCUCAUUAGUCAGUAUGCAUCAAGUAGUCUAGAUGAAGGUGAGGUCUUUGAUGAAGAGAAAGGGCUCGUUAUUCAAAGUCUAUCUUUUGUCAAGGAUCAUGUUGCUCCUAUUACUGACACUGAUCUCUCUAAUCCUCAUAUUGAGUUUUAUGCCAGAUCGAAUCCUCACUGGAAAGAUGGAAAUGCUUUGGUAGCUGUUGCUAAAGUGACUUGGGGUGACAUAUUCUUGAGAAUGAUACCAUUCAUUUUCAGAAGGUGGAUCAGAAGAUGGUUUAACUUUAAUAAGAAAACUUCUUUAUCAUACGUCCAUUGAUCAGUUUUGUUGAUCUUUUUACUUUUAUGAUAGUUUUUGUCAUUAAUUGCUCUUAGUUAGAAACAUGAUGUACUCAAUACUUAAA